GUAUGGGCCAAUCAAAGAAUUUACUAUGGCCACCUGUGGAUGUAUUUACUACCAAAUGUGCCUUGAAAAAUAUUUGAUGGACCACCGUGGUAAAGCUAUAUGUCCAAAUUGGGAUUGCAGUAGCAGAGAGAUCAAAACUUUUAUCCGGUAGUAUUGCAAGACAAGUCUACAACUUCUGAUGAAAACUCUAUCUCACAAACCAGUGCAUUUGGGAAAUCAGACUCCUGUGGAUGGUGAUGUAACACCCAUGAACGAACUAGGAUUGUUAGGCGGAGAGGAUCAAAACUUGUCCAAGACUACCCCUAUAAAAAAUUUUUAUCCGAAUAUUUCCAUUAUUUCUCCGUGUCUUCCGUAAAAAUUCUGUGAAAAUGAUACAUUCACGGAUAUCCGUGUUAGCGAGAUGAAAAUUUCCAUGAUUUAAGGCUAUAAAUUCCAUUAAAAUGAUACAUUCACGGAAAAAACAUGGAAAGAUAAAACACGGAUCAGAUUUUUUACAGGGUACUGAUAAGGUAUCAAGUGACAUUCACAUGAUAUACCUCAAAUUCGUUUGCGGGAACUCCUUAAUGGUAUCUUACAAUGAUAUUACUGAGAUUUGGGAAGUAUCGUAUAUUGCAUCGAAAACUUCCAAAUCACACUACGUUGUUAUACUUAAAGAUGCAAUGUUACUUUGCACUUGUAUGUUUAUUGUCAAUCAAGGAAUGAUAUGCCAUCAUCAAUUCAGGGUGCUUAUUCAGUCAGACAACGUGAUAUUUCAUAUUUCACACAUUCAUACACGUUGGUUUAAUUUGAGUUCAGAUCCGCCUACCAACUUAACGGGUUUUAUUAUGAUUGUAAAUGGUGAAAAAAAUCAUACAACGAUACCAUUGAGUUACAUGAAUCAAUUAAGAACAGAUAACAUAUAUACUCUGACGAUCAGAGAAAAGGUCAAUAAAAAAAUUCAAUAUGGCGCCGCGAUAUCUAUAGUUAAAACGAGUAUUCAAAUCGCUGUUAUGAAAGAUGUUACAGCUGAAUUAAUUAGAAUUUUGACACAAUUUAUUAUGAAAUAUCGUAGAAGUACCGGUUUAAGCAUUGAAAAGAGUACCAAAUCAUUACAGGAUUCGCAAGGAUCUUCUAUUCAAGAUAAUCCUCAACCUUUAUCCGUUCUUCCUGAUAUAAGUAUCACAAACCAAAAGGACGACCUCCAAAGCAGUAUAAAUCGACGGUAGAAAAUAAUCGUAUUACAUCAGGAAAACCUGAUGAUGUAACAGUACAGAAAACAUGCAGUUAUUGCUCCGGAA